UAAGCACUCAAGUUAAUUUUUUACACUUUUUUCCUUUCUUUUUCUUUCGACUCUUCCUCAUCGUUUAAGCUAUCUUAUACGUAUUUCUAACUUCUUGUAGUACAAUUCCGCUCCCUCACUCAUUUAUCAUCGAUUAUGUUCAAAAGUAAAAAGAAGAAAUUGCUGCAAAAAGCCAAAGCGGAAGCCUUAGUUGCUGCCAUGGCCAAGACGACUGAUACUCCUGUCACCAGUAAUACUGAGCAUCCCAUUUAUUCUACGGACAAAAACACUACUACUACAAACUCUGUUAUGACAACUAUGCCUUGUAAAAAGAAAGAAGAAGAGCAGCAACAGCAGCAAUUGAAAUAUAGUCUCCUAUUAGAUGAUUUUCCUCAGCAUGAUUUCCGAUCUUCAGUUAUUCUCCCUCAGCUCAAUAACCGACUCACUUACCAACAUUAUGAUAACUAUACAUCACCUCCUUUAUCACCGCCGCCGUCAACCAAAUCCUCAGACUAUCAAAAGAGCCGUUCUUCUGAUAGUUCUUACGAAAGUGUGGAUGGCACAAAGCAUUAUCGGGACCUGAUGGCAUGGAGACAUCAAAGAAAUCAGAAUAGAUACUCAAAUAGUUUAUUUGGUGGUAAACAGAGGAAUCGACCCAAACCUCGUCCUCUACGAACAACAACCAUUUCAGUGAAAAGAACGACUUCCGUUAGCAGCAAACAAAGAAGGAAGCGCUCCACUCAUAUGGACGAAGAUCAAUCAUCCAACCCUUUUGAUAUGGAACAGGAAGCUGAAAAACAGAAGGAAAUCACACAAUUAUUUUUACAGAAGCAAGAGCAUCAGAAGGCUCAGAAGCAAAAUGGAUAUAUAAAAGACGAGGGGGUAGAAGAAGAAGAGAAUGCACUAGCUCUUUCCGAUACUUCCAUUAUUACCCCACCUGCAAGUACUACGACUGAAGUACGCGAUAAUUUAGCGAAGGCAUCAGAUUUUGAUGACUCUGAAAAAGAGUCAUUUUCCGACGAUUUGGACAGCGAACAUAACCCUGAUGUUGAAGACUACGAACUCGAUUCAGACAUAGAAGAAAACUAUUUCUUCAAAGACUUUUCAGCAAACGAAAAGCAAGCAAAAAGACAAUCAAAAGUAGCAGCAGUGACACAAAAAAGGGCAACCAAAACUAUAAGUCGAUUCGACUUAUCUUCUUUUGCUAAAGAUCUCCAUAGUAAUCGUCUGUCUGUCGUCCAACAGCAACAAAUGCGUGAAAGCAGAGUAUCGAUAAAUAAUGCUAAAAAAUAACAACAACGAAAAUGCAACAGGAGCAAGCUUGGCUAAGGAGAUUUCGCAGCUGCCACCUGUACCCUGUUGAUGGCGCCAGCGA